GACAUUAUUUCAUCCUUUGACCGGUUCAUCUCUUCUCAUAGGAACUCCUUGCCUGAUGUCUCUCUCCUUCGUGGUGCUUUCAUCCCGGCCCUCGAAUCUCUCCUCCAUCCUAACCCUUCCAUCCCCAGGCGUUACCGUGAGGCCCUUCAAAGCCUACGCAGGGAGGAUAUCACCAUUUUGCCUUCUGACAAGGGCAACUCGGUGGUGGUCCUCGACCGUGCCUCCUACCUGCAGAAGGCCCGGGACCUGCUGGAUGACGCUUCCACCUAUGCUCCCCUGACCAGCGACCCCCGGGAACGCAUUGCUGCCACUUUCCACCGUCGCCUGAAGGCGAUAGCAGCUCGUGUCCCGGAGGCGAACCUCUACCAGAGGUUCAAGGUCAUCAACCCUCGCCUCCCUCACUUCUAUGGGCUUCCUAAAACCCAUAAGCCGGCCGUGCCCCUGCGCCCCAUUAUCUCUUCCCGGGGAUCUGUGACGCACCCUCUGGCAGCCUGGCUGGCGAAGUCCCUCACUCCCCUUCUCGGCACCUUCUCUCCUGCUCACCUCCGUCAUUCCCAGGACUUCAUCUCCCGGGUCCGGGGUGUCCCGCCGGCGACCAUGUUGAGCUUGGAUGUCGACUCCCUGUUCACCAAGGUCCCGCUAGAUGACGUCCUCGCUUUCCUUGAGAGGAGCCUCCCCCCAGAGGAUCCUCGUCUCCCUCUGCCCACCGACGUCUUCCUCCAGCUGAUUCGUCUGUGUGUGGAAUCGAACUCCUUUUCCUUUGAGGGUCGCUUCUACUCCCAGACCUUCGGUGUUGCUAUGGGCUCUCCCCUCUCUCCGGUCUUGGCUAACCUGUUUAUGGAAUUCUUCGAAUCUGAGCUUCUCCCUUCCAUCUCCCUUCGUCCGACGGUUUGGCUGAGGUAUGUUGACGACGUCUUCGCUCUCUGGCCUCAUGACCCUGCCCUGUUCUCGGACUUUCUGACCCAGCUGAACUCUCUCUCCCCUUCCAUCCGUUUCAAGGUGGAAUGGGAGGCUGACAACAAGCUCCCCUUCCUGGACACCCUAGUGCAUCGCUCUGCUGACCACUUCUCCUUCUCCAUAUACAGGAAGCCCAUGCAUAGUGGUAUGUAUAUACACUUCUUCUCUUAUCAUCCUCUUCAUGUAAAGAGAGGUGUUGCCACGUCGCUGUUCCUCCGCGCCCUCCGCAUCUGUGACCCUCAGUACCUGGAUGGAGAGAUCGACUUUCUGCGUCGUUCGUUCUCCAAACUGGGCUACCCUCGUCAUGUCCUCGACGCCGCGCUAUCCAGAGCACGGCGGACCUUCUACCACGAGUCCUCUCCUAAAGAGACUCCUCACCUGCCCACCCUCAGCCUGCCCUACACGGAGGAGAUCCACUCUCUCCGCCGCCCUCUUCACACUCUCAAUUGCAGGCUGGUCUUUCGCCAGGUGAACACUCUCCGUCGUAACCUGGUCCACACCAGCCCUCCCUCUUCUUCGAAGGUGGGCACCUAUGCUGUUCCUUGUGGCUCCUGUGACAAGCAAUACUUUGGCGAGACGGGCGCUAGUCUCACUAAGCGCUUGUCUCAACAUAAGUAUGCUAUAUCCAGGGGACACAACAACAACGCUCUCUUCUGCCAUCAGUGGGAUACAGGCCAUCAGAUGGACUGGUCAGCGGCGCGAAUUGUCUUCCCCUCCGCUGACGUCCACGCCCGCAGACUGGUGGAAUCUUCCUUAAUUAAGCUGCUGCCUAAUUUUAACUUGAACAGCGGCUUUUCUCCCGCCGACAGCCUCCUCGCUUCACACAUCCUCCGCCUUCUCCCGUACGCCGGCCAUCCUGCACACAUUCCGCCCGACCCUCCGACCUGA